AUGCUUAGACAGGGUGAGGACGAGCCCCUUCUGGAGUAUGCAGCCAGGUUCAACCACGAAUACUCCCGCUGCCCAGAUACUGAUGAUCAUGCCGCCUUCGGUGCUUUCAAGAGUGGCCUCCGAGAGUCCAACUUCCGGUACCUGGUUCACAGCAACCCUUGGAACACAUAUGCCGAGUUGAUGAAGCAGGCAACAGUUCAAGCUAAGGCCCAGUACUUCAACUCCAAGCGUAGCCCAGCCACCCCCGCGCGUAAUCCUUUUGCUGAUCCUUCACCUGCUUCAGUACCCAUCCCAGCUCCACCUCAACAUUCUGCCCCUACACCAAGCACUCAGGGUGCCCAGCACCCUAAGAGGAAUGAUAGCUACCAGCAUACCUUCAACAAUAACAAGCGGGGCAAACAUGGCAACCACCACCAGUCUAGUGGAAGCAACCCCCCAGGACAAAUGACCGGGCCCCACUCCCAUUCUCACCCAAACCCAGGCAGCAAGCCUAUGCCUAACACAGGUGUCUUCUGUCGCUUUCAUCAGUUUGGUGGCCACGAUACCGAAUCUUGUGUUGCCUUGCGCAACAUCAUUGAUGGACUUAUUCGUGAGGGGAAGCUGGAUAAAUACGUGCACAACCUCCCACCCCCACCUAACCCUCACCAACGGCAGAUCAACAUGAUCUCAGCCAUCAGUGGUGGCCUGCUUCAGACUUGA